GUAGCUAUAGUGGAAUCAGAGAAUGGUAGAUCCAUUUAGCGUGUUAUCUAGCGCUAAAUGGUACUAGCUAGUUUCAAAACGGUCAACGAUGACAUGACUUAAUUUGACAGUUUCUAUGCUUAAUAGAAAAUGCGUCGAUAUUUUCGUCUUUUGUUUGUUUGUGUUAUUUCAGUAUUCUUUUCGGUUCUCUACGUAUUUAGCCAACUUGCCUCCUCUCUUGAGACCACAAAUGGAUGGACCGAGGCGAGAGCGGAUCGACCGCCCUUAGCACAGGGCGAUCCCUCGCGUUUGACCAGGAAAGCUCCAGGAGAAGAAGGCCUUACGGACGGUGACCUGAAUGACAGGUGUAAUUCAUUGUCUGUCUCACACUGGAAUCCCUAUUGGAGACUACCCCCCGAUGUUUGUGGAAAGAACUGCUUUAUGGAGUCGGCUUGUAGGUAUAUUGUGGAUAAGACAUUAGCCACAGCCUAUGAGGUAUACAGAGUUGAGCCAGUCAGGUUGGCAGUGGUGGCAUGUGGCCCAAGGCUGGAGGAGACUCUUACCAUGCUGAAGUCUGCGGUUCUUUUUAGCCAGAGAGCUCUACACUUUCACAUCUUCGCUGAAGAUGAGCUCCAUGCCGGCUUCAAAUUUUCUCUGGAGUUGUGGCCGGUGAGGUUCCGUUCCAAAUUCAACUACACCAUCUACCCCAUCACCUUCCCCCAUGUCAAUGCCAAGGAUUGGAAGAGACUGUUUAAGCCUUGUGCUUCUCAGAGACUCUUCCUACCUUUAAUCCUGGGUGAGGUGGAUUCUUUGCUCUAUGUUGACACAGACAUCCUGUUCCUGCAGCCAGUAGAAGAAAUCUGGAACUUUCUCUCCCAGUUCAACAGCAGUCACAUGGCUGCCAUGGCACCAGAACACGAGGAGCCACGAAUUGGCUGGUAUAAUCGUUUUGCUCGGCACCCAUACUAUGGCAAGACUGGAGUCAACUCUGGAGUAAUGCUUAUGAAUAUGACCCGCAUUAGAGCCAAUCACUUCAAGAAUGACAUGACAUCAGUUCAUCUGCAAUGGGAGGACUUGCUUAUGCCUCUACUGCAAAAAUACAAACUCAAUAUCACAUGGGGGGACCAAGACCUCCUCAACAUCAUAUUCCACCAUAACCCAGAGAGCCUGUUUGUUUUCCCAUGCCAAUGGAACUACCGUCCAGACCACUGUAUCUACGGAAGCAACUGUGCUGCUGCUGAACAUUAUGGUGUUUAUAUUCUCCAUGGCAACAGAGGUGUUUACCAUGAUGACAAGCAACCUGCAUUCCGAGCCAUAUAUGAAGCCAUACAGAAAUACCCGUUUGGGGGAGACCCAGUCAGUUUGCUCCUUCAGCCCCUGGAGGAGACGUUAAAGAACACAAUGCAUACGUACUGUGGAAGAUCCAGCCACCUUUUAACCAAGAAACUACAGGAAAGCGUCAGGAACAUGGAGAAAGACAAUCACAGGGCAAGAUGAUCCCAUUCACAUUGAACCCUUACAACACUGAAAAGGAGCGUUGAGCCUUAAGAAUAGAAUCCUUUUUUUUUUUUUUUUUUUUUUUUUUAAGUAUAUUGGUGAAAACCUUUCCUGUCAGCUGGUCCUGAUAUGAAUGAAAGCAUGUUGAAAUAGGCACUGAAAUCACUUUGAUGUGCUAUCAAGAAGGUCCAAGUUGAUAGAAUCUGACAAUCAGUCAUUUUUGUUCUAGAAGAAUGUUUGAGAAUGCUCUCUAGCAGUUCCUGGGGAGUUCUUUUAUUUUCCCACUGUGUUUCUACAUAACCAGUUUAUUAAGCCUCUAGCUGAAACAAGAGUUCGAGCUGAGCAGGACCUCCAGGAUAGACUUUGAGAACGUCUGUUACAGCAAGAUUUGUGAGUAAUGACAGUAACUGGAAUAUAGGGUAAGGUUUCACCACUUUUAAAAUGAGCCUUCUUUAUACCCUGGCAUAGUUAAAGGAGAUACCUUAGACUUGAGCUCUGAGACCAAUUUUGCUAAAUAAUUUUUUUUUUGAUGAGGGUUGCUGGUAUGUUUAUCAGAGAAACUUUUUUUAUGAGUAAAUGGAUCAUAAUAUACAUUUUAUGUUUUUAUUGUCAGUUAUUGCUUAUAACCAACACAUUUAACAGGUACGAAGAAUAACAUAGCUCCAUCAUACAAGCCUACUAGUAACAUUUACAGACAUAGGUGAAGUCACAAUCUUUAAGUGUUGAUGACUCACUGAAUUGUUUGAAAAUGACUUGAAUCUGCCAUGGUGUUAAUUUCAGGUAAUGAAAGCAGUUUGCAGUUUUUCAGUGUUAUUAAUAUUCCAAUAAAUACCAUGACCAUGUCAGUAGACACUUGGAUUAUAAUUUUUUUAUAAUACAUUAAAACGAGACAUGUGAUGGUGUUCCAGAUAAUAAGAUUUUUUUCUUAUAUUGAUUAUUAGCAUGCGCUUUGUUUGUAGAUCAGAAAUCAAGCUACAAUUGCAAAGUCAGAGAAACAGGUUUUAUGUACGAUCUAAAUGUUGACAGGGUCUCUUUAUUUUUCAGUAAUUAUCCUAAUAUAGAGAGUCCAGCUGAGACAAAAGGCACUUUGCUUGAGGCCUUGUUCAUAAUUUAACUAAAUAGAUGUAAAUCAUAAGAAAAAUAAAGAAAAUGAUACAAAUGAGGGGUACUCCUCUGUGAGCUCUAACUUUGCUGGUUUUAAAAUUCUAAUUUUGACUUUUAAAAUGUCCGUAGUAUGUUGGCAGUGUGCUAGAUGUGCAGAACACCUUCAGUGUUUUCAUUACAUUAAAUCUAGUUUAAUGAACAACUGCUAAUUUUACAACGUAUAUUAUACCAGUAUGCCCAAUACACAACGGGAGAUUAAAUGAAAGUCUUUACUCAUAAAGCAAAUACCAAAUAUAAGUUAUGCAGUAUGCAUUCUCAUCACAUUGCAGAAUCAUUUGAUCUUAAUUUAAGCCACAAUUUAUUUAAAAACAUUUAUUUUAUUGUGAGGUGAUUUAAUUUCAAAAUGUUGAUCUCAAGCACCUUCCCCCAUCAGUGCCAACUAUACCUCAGCAUCUUCUGUUGAAUGUAAAUGUAUGAUGCAGUAUAUUUUUCUAAUAAACAUUGCAAUGCCAAAUAAA